UUGUUAGAGCUUUAAUUUCAAUAAGGGAUAAGACCCCAAGAUAAAUAACCAUGACCAAAUGAAGGAUAUUUUAAUAUGUGGGCUCCUUACUUCUCUUCCCAGUUUUUUUGUUCCUCAUAGCUCUGCAAAGUAGAGAGUAGAGGAGAGACAACCCAGUUACUAACUAACAACAACACACUAUAAAGAAACCCCCAGUUAUUAAUGUUAUCCAUUUAUCGUUUUAAUUGAUACUACAGCAUCACCACCCCCGCCAUCACCAUCUUAAUGGAACCUGGAGCGGUUAGUAAUAAGAGCAAUGGAAAUGGAAUUGGAAAGCAUCAUCGUGAGUAUGAGUUUGACAUUAUCGCUUGGUUCGACAACGUAUCAGAGAACGCCGGAUUUGUUCAGAGAGAGACACUUCGCCGGAUUCUUCAUCAGAACUAUGAUGUUGAAUAUCUCAAGAAAUGGUUCGGAGACAUCAAAAUUCAGGAGAUGGAUGCAUGUGCAUUGGAAUCUCUUUACACCUCUUUGGUACCUCUUGCCUCCCAUGCAGAUUUGGAUCCUUAUAUCCAGAGAAUUGCAGAUGGGGACACAGCUCCUCUACUCACCAAACAACCUAUAGCGACUCUCUCGUUAAGCUCCGGAACCACAGAAGGAAGACAGAAGUACGUUCCUUUUACUUGCCAUAGCUCCCAGACCACUCUUGAGAUUUUCAGGUUGGCAGCAGCUUAUAGAUCAAGGGUUUAUCCAAUUAGGGAAGGAGGGAGGAUCCUAGAGUUAAUUUACAGUAGCAAACAGUUCAAGACUAAAGGAGGGUUAACAGCAGGAACCGCCACAACACACUACUAUGCAAGUGAAGAGUUCAAAAUCAAACAAGAGAAGACAAAGUCCUUCACAUGCAGUCCAGAAGAAGUCAUUUCUGGUGGAGACUACAAGCAAUCCACUUAUUGUCAUCUCCUCCUUGGUCUCUUCUUCAGUGAUGAAGUUGAGUUCAUAGCCUCCACUUUUGCUUAUAGCGUAGUUCAAGCUUUUACAGCAUUUGAAGACUUCUGGAAAGACAUUUGCGAUGACAUUAGAGAAGGAAAACUUAACUCAAGAAUCACUCUAUCAAAAAUGCGAAAAGCUGUUUUAGAAAUCAUUUCUCCAAAACCAUACUUGGCUUCCCAAAUUGAAAGGAACUGCAACAAGUUACAAAGCCUAGACUGGUUUGGUCUAAUUCCUAAGCUGUGGCCAAAUGCUAAGUAUGUCUACUCUAUAAUGACAGGUUCAAUGCAACUCUAUUUGAAAAAGUUAAGGCACUACGCCGCGGAUUUGCCCCUAGUGAGUGCUGAUUAUGGAUCAACUGAGAGUUGGAUAGGGGUGAAUGUGGAUCCUUUUUUGGAUCCCGAGAAUGUUACUUUUGCAGUAAUACCCACUUUUUCUUACUUCGAGUUUAUACCAAUUUAUCGACGGAAAGAUUGCUGUCCAACUACCGAUGACUUCAUAGAAGAUGAACCAGUGCCACUCUCUCAAGUCAAGGUUGGACAGGAGUACGAGAUUGUUCUCACUACAUUUACAGGGCUUUACAGGUACAGGCUAGGAGAUGUGGUAGAAGUGGCUGGUUUUCAUAAAGGGACCCCAAAAUUGAACUUCAUAUGCAGGAGAAAGCUAAUAUUGUCUAUAAAUAUUGACAAGAACACUGAAAAGGAUCUUCAAUUAGUGGUAGAAAAAGGGUCACAGCUACUGAGCAAGACUGGAGCUGAGCUAGUGGAUUUUACGAGCCAUGCCAAUGUGGUAAGUCAACCAGGACACUACAUAAUUUACUGGGAAAUUAAGGGAGAAGUGGAGGAGAGGGUUCUUCAAGAAUGUUGCUGCCACAUGGAUGCUUCCUUUGUUGAUCAUGGUUAUGUUGUCUCCAGAAGAACCAAUUCAAUUGGACCUUUAGAGCUUUGUAUUGUGAAGAGGGGAACUUUCAAGAAGAUUUUGGAUCAUUUCAUAGGAAAUGGAGCUGCACUCAGCCAAUUCAAGACCCCAAGGUGCACCCGCAACCAAGCCCUUUUGAGAAUUCUCAAUGAUUGGGCAAUUAAGAGGUUUCAUAGCACAGCAUAUAGUCGAAAAUGAAUACAACAGUUGAUUGAUAUGCUUGUUAUAGGUUACUUCUGAGAAACUUCAGUGACAGUGUAAUCAAUCAGAAGUUUUAUGAACAGUUUCCAGAUGGAAACAAGCAGUAUAACAAAAGUGUUUGUGUAUACCUUCAAAAAUAAAAAUAAAAUCUUUUUUCCGAUUCUGGCACAGGAGUCAGAA